CUCCAAAGUCCUAAGCUUCCUACUACUUACUUUGGUGUGUGCCAUUGAUCAAAGUAGGCAUGGCUCAUGGAUUUGCAUCUUGCCUUCUAAUCCUUCAUCUUCUUCUUGCUCUGCAUGCUGAAGGACGCGAAGCUAUAAGAUCUGAUGUCAUAAGACUCAAUACUAUGGAUGAUGAUGCUCAUACCAUCCAUCAUCAUGAUCAUAUGCACCAACACCAUGGUCAUCCAUCAUCCCUGAAUCAAAUCGACCCUCAAGUCAUGGUUUUCUUCAAGUUACAAGACUUAACAGUAGGUCAAGUGAUGCCAAUUUACUUCCCAAACCGACACAUUUCUCAAUCUCACCUCCUCCCGAAACACGAAGCCGAUAACAUCCCGUUCUCAUUCACCGAAUUCCCGAACCUCCUUCGCUUGUUCUCAUUCUCACAACACUCUCCACAAGCCAAAGCCAUGGAAAACACACUCAAAGAAUGCGCGAUCAAACCCAUCAAAGGUGAAACCAAGACUUGCGCAACCUCGUUGGAAUCCGCACACGAAUUCGCACUCGAAAUCUUCGGAUCCGACACUCAAGUCAAAACUUUGACCACAACCCACCUCAAGAAUUCAAGAAUUGGACUCUUACAAAACUAUAAAGUGAUCGAAAUCUUGCAAACCAUACCUUCACCAAAACUAGUGGCUUGCCACACAUUGCCAUACCCAUAUGCGGUGUUCUAUUGCCAUAGCCAACAGAGUGAGAACAAGGUGGUUAUGGUUUCGUUAGAAGGUGAAGAUGGCGAUCUGGUCGAGGCUUUGGGUGUUUGCCACAUGGAUACGUCUCAGUGGAACCACGAUCACGUGUCGUUUAGGGUUCUUGGGGUUGAACCAGGAACCACCCCGGUUUGCCACUUCUUUCCUAGUGAUAAUUUCGUGCUUCUACCUUUUUCUGCAACAAUGUAAUCCGUAUCGAAAAGAAGCUCACAACCUUCAUUUUGCGACGUUAAAAUAAAUUUGUGUAGCAGACGGACAAGUAAAUCAUUAUGCUCAAAUGUUUUGUUUUGUAAAAUUGGUGUAGUCGUUUC